AUGAAUAAAAAACCAACAGCCAUGGAAAUAUUUUUGAACAGUGUCGGUGAUCAAGUUGUCCCAAAAAACACUACUACUUCACGUGCAACAAUAAUUGAAGAACUACGUAAUUAUCGAUCAUUAAUAACUAAAUAUAACAGUCAAAAUCGACCAGAUAUAUCUUCUUUUCUUACGUUUUGGAAAAAUUAUGAAUUUACACUGCCUUAUCUUUUCAAAUUAGCACAAAAAUUUGGAUGCACACCAGCAACUAGUGUUCCAGCUGAAUCAGCAUUUUCAACAGCAUCUUUUGUGUACAGGAAAGAACGAUCACGAUUAUCGGCAAAAAACCUAGAGGCAACUGUUUUCUUAAAAGUAAGUAUUAUAACUAUAUAA